UCCACUUUUUUGACGGACGGACUUCGUACCUUUCUUAUAUUUUAAUUUGUUUUUUAUUAAUUUUCUAGUUAUUAAGUUGUUUUAAUAGUAAAUUUAUUUAAAAAUAAGUAUAAUGGCUCGUGUCUUAGUUGGUGUUAAGCGAGUUAUUGAUUAUGCCGUUAAAAUUCGCGUCAAGCCUGAUAAAAGCGGCGUGGUGACUGAUGGCGUUAAGCACUCUAUGAACCCAUUCGAUGAGAUUGCAGUAGAGGAGGCCGUCAGAUUGAAAGAGAAAAAAUUAGCCAGCGAGGUCAUCGCAGUAUCAUGUGGCCCAACACAAGCACAAGAAACUCUUAGAACAGCCCUGGCCAUGGGUGUGGAUAGAGCUAUACAUGUUGAAGUAGCUGGAGCAGAGUAUGAAGGCUUGCAGCCAAUCCAUGUGGCUAAAAUACUUGCCAAGCUGACACAGGAUGAGAAAGUUGAUCUUGUUAUUGUAGGCAAACAGGCAAUUGAUGAUGACUCGAAUCAGACUGCACAAAUGACUGCAGCAUUCCUAGACUGGCCCCAAGGAGCAUUUGCUUCAAAGAUUGAAAAGACCGACUCCGGCUUGACAGUGACGCGUGAGAUAGAUGGAGGCUUGGAGGUGGUGAAGACAAAGCUACCGGCCGUUAUUAGCGCAGACCUCAGGCUUAAUGAGCCCAGAUACGCGACCCUCCCGAAUAUAAUGAAAGCUAAAAAGAAGCCACUGAAGAAGGUAACUGCAAAAGAUCUUGGCGUCGAUCUCACACCGCGAAUAAAGGUGGUUUCCGUUGAAGACCCACCGGUAAGACAGGCGGGCUCAGUCGUGCCCGAUGUUGACACACUCAUUGCCAAACUAAAGGAGGGUGGGCACAUUUGAAAACCAACUGCCCUUUAUAGUAACAAAGUUGAAUUUCCCUGUAUAAAUUCAUAUAUCAAUAGAACUUUGUACAUGAGAUUUUGUGGAGUAAUGUGAAUUAUGUAGUCUAUUUGUGUUGAAUAUACAAUUUUACCAUGUUA